AUGAGAAUCCAGGCUUGUCCAAGGUUAUCCACUCAUUCUCCGUUCAGGUAUCCUCGAACAAACCAAGCCGUCGCAAGUCGUUCGCCGCUCGCAGCCGCCAGAAACACCGCACUCUCCCGCACGUCCCCCUCACGUGCCUCCAUUCUUGGAAAUCAAACCCCUCAAAUUGGAAAGCACCAUGUCAAGACGCGGGUGAGGGUGGCAGCGGUGGCGACAGGCGAGCAGGGGGAGGAGGGGGAUGCAGUGUGCCUGGCAGCGGCUGAUCGCCCUCCGUUCGACCUCAAUCUGGCGGUGCUGCUGGCGGGAUUCGCGUUUGAGUCGUACAACACCCCGCAGGAGGACAAGGACACUCUGUGGGAGCAGGACGUGGGGGGCUGUCGCACCAUCUUCACAUCCUACGGCUUUGCCUACGAGCUCUACUCCGGCCAACUCAUCGUGACCGUCCAAUCCGCCUCUGACGUGCCAGCCGUCGAUCUCUGGGGCACCAGCGACCCCUACGUGCAGGCAUCAGUGGGCGAGGCGUCUGCGCGCACACGCACCAUUUGGACGAGCACGGCGCCAGAGUGGAAUGAGGAGAUUCGCCUGCUGGUGAAAGCAGAUGACACCUCCACCCAGUACCUCAAGCUGUCCAUGUGGGACGAUGGAAUCGUCAUCUCGCCCCGCCGACUCGGAAAUGCUUCGAUCCGAUUGGACGAUCUCCUGGACGGCGAGACUCACGAGCAGGAGGUUGCACUGGAGGGGCCGGGAGGAGGGGCCACGCUCAAGCUAGCAGUGCGCUACCGCAGCUUUGCAGAGCUGGCAGAGGAGGAGAGGAGGAGGUGGCGCCUGCCCUCUCUCGAUGACAUCUUCUCAGGCCAGCUCCCUCUGGUCUCCGGAUUUCAAGACGUUAUCACUUCAGCCCUGCAACCUUCCUCCUCCACACCUGCUGCCGACUCCACCCCUGCUCCCACCGACGGCUCGGCUCCCGCUACCAGCCAACCGUCGCCGGCCAUUUCCACGUACGAGUUUGUCCGGUCUGCCAUCCAGCAAUUCGGAGCCCCAUCCGCCUUCCCAACGAGUCUGGAUAAGAUCCGAGACUCGGUCGUCCCAACCCAAUCCGCGCCACAAGCAGCAGCAGCAGCAGAAGCAACAGGGUCUGCUGAAAUCACUGCAGAAAAUGCUGACACUGGUAGCAGUGAGAACAGUGGCAGGGAGGAGCAGGUGAGGCAGGCAGUGGGGUUGGCGAGGGAGGUGCUACUCAGGGCAGGCUGGAUCCCGCCAGGUGGCACCCUGGACCAGCUCAGUCAGGCGGUAAUGAGUGGUACUGACAGUGGCACUGGUGCCUCUGGCAGCAGUUCAAGCAGCAGCAGCAACAGUGAAUCUGCCCCUGCUGCUGCUUCUGGUGGGUUUGAUCUGGGGUCUGCUGCAUCAGCUGCAGCAGGAGGGUUGCUGGAGGGGGCAGCAGGCGCAGUGGCGGGGAGGAUAGAGCAGCGGCGAGCGGAGCUGAGGAGAAGCCUCACAGACAUGGGCAUCACCCUGCCCUGGUACGACCAGAAGAACGGGCAAGGGGCAGACGGACAGAGCAGCAGUUCUGAUGCAGCGGCAGCAGCAGGCGAUUUUCUGGAGGGGGCUACGAGCGCGUUGGUGGGGCGGAUAGAGCAGCGGCGAGCCGAGCUGAGGAAGAGCCUUGUGGACCUCGGGAUUACCCUGCCUUGGUAUGACCAGAGCAGCGGGCAAGGGGUAGAUGGGCAAGGGACAGACAGGCAGGCAAGCCCCGCUACAGAUGUCACUGCUUCCCAAGAGCCGUCCUCCUUCUCCUCCUCCCUGGAUGAUCUUCGCAAGGCGGCUUUCCGGCAGACUGAGGGGGUGCUGGGGUCGCUCGCCCUGCUUGGCAGCACAGCUGGCAGCCUGCCAUUGGCCGAGGGGGAGAAGAAGAGUGUAGGAGCAGCUAAGUCCGAAGGGGAAACUGGUGGGGAGGAGAGUGAGGGAGCGAGAGAAGGAGCGAGUGAGGGAGUGAGUGAAGGAGCGAGUGAGGUAGUGAGUGAGGAGGAGACAGAGGAGGCGCUGCGCAUGUUUGGGAGUGCAGAGACGGCGGUGGAGGCAUGGACCAUGCUGGCGAGCUCUCUCGGGCAGCAGACGUUUGUCAAGUCGGAGUUUGAUAAGGUCUGCUUCGUGGACCACCCACAGUCGGACACUCAAGUGGCGGUGUGGAGGGAUGUGCGGAGGAAGAGGAUUGUGGUGGCUUUCAGAGGCACAGAACAGACUAAGGCCAAGGACUUACUUACAGACAUCUCGCUCUCUCCCUCCAGCCUGGACUUCGAGCGAACCUCGUCGGGCGAUUUUGACCAGGAUGUCAUGGUGCAUGGGGGUUUCCUUGCUGCAUACGACUCUGUGCGCGCUCGCCUGCGCUCCCUCAUUGCCAUCAUCACCGACCCCAACCGCCCUACACCGCUCACCGCUCGUUCUGCUGAUGCUGAUGCUGGUGCUGAUGGGGACUCCUCAAUCCAUGCAGCUGACAGCCUAUCAGAGGGUGACACGUGGCGGGUGUACCUGACCGGUCACAGCCUGGGAGGAGCCCUGUCGACCCUCUUUGCCUACGAGCUCUCCCAGUCCAACAUGGUCAGGGACCGCAACAUCCAUCUCUCGUCCCUUAUCACUCUCUCCUCACGCUCUUCCCUCCACUUUCCCCCCGUCCCGCAGGGAGUGCAACAUCCACCUCAUUAUGUACAACUAUGGUCGGAGCGCAACAUCCAUCUCACCAUGUACAACUACGGCUCCCCUCGCGUGGGCAAUGCGGCCUUCGUUGCCAGAUUCAACGUGUACAUGCGUGACAGCUGGCGCAUUGUGAAUCGAGCUGACAUCGUCCCCACAGUGCCCAAGCUAAUGGGGUACCGCCAUGUGUGCUGCCCUGUCUACCUCAGCCCAGGAGGGCCCUCAGUCUCCGUCACGCAUGUGUCUCCGUCAUGCCCAUCUGCGCAUGUGUCCGUGCGUGCGUUCAUGUAUGAGCGCAUGUGUGUAUGUGUGUAUGUGUGCCUGUGCACAUGGCAGUCGGAUGCAUCACAGGAGCAGCUAGGAGUGGAUGAUGGGUACGCAGCCGAGGUGGUGGGGGAGGCAAACGCCAACGACAUCCUGGAGGACUAUAUGAAGGGCGAGAGGCGGCUGAUCGACCAGCUGUUGCAGACGGAAGUGGCGAUGCUGUCAGCGCUGAGGGAUGGAUCUGGUCUGAACCCAUCAUGGCGGCUCCCGCACGCCUGCCGUGCCUCCCUCUUCCCCCUUUCCCCCCUUAAAUCCAGAUGA